CCGAGCAGUGAGGGCUGUUCCCCGCAUCCCCCGGGUAUUCCCUUCGGGUAAUUUCCAAGAGCGGAUCGGCCGCCGCUCCGCGCCCGCGCUUCCUGCCCCGCCCAGCGCCGCGGGCCGAGCCGAGCCGGGCCGGGCAUGGCGCCGCUGGUGCUGUACCACUGGACGCAGUCCUUUUCCUCGCAGAAGGUGCGGUUGGCAAUAGCCGAGAAGGCGCUGAAGUGCGAGGAGCGCGAUGUGAACCUGCCGCUGAGCGAGCACAACGAGCCGUGGUUCAUGCGCUUGAGCUCCUCUGGAGAAGUACCCGUCCUGAUCCAUGGAGAAAACAUAAUUUGUGAGGCAACGCAGAUUAUUGAUUACCUUGAAGCAACGUUUGUAGAUGAAGAAGUACCAAGAUUAAUGCCAGAAGAGGGUAGCAUGUAUUAUCCAAGGGUGCAACACUACAGGGAGCUCUUAGACUCCUUGCCUAUGGAUGCCUACACACAUGGCUGCAUCCUGCACCCCGAGUUAACCGUGGACUCCAUGAUUCCAGCCUAUGCUACCAGCAGGAUCCGUAGUCAAAUAAGUAACACAGAAUCAGAAUUGAAGAAACUUGCAGAAGAAAAUCCAGACCUUCAAGAUGCCUAUAUAGCAAAACAGAAGCGCCUUAAGUCUAAACUACUGGAUCAUGAUAAUAUAAAAUACCUAAAGAAAAUACUGGAUGAACUGGAAAAAGUUUUGGAUCAGGUUGAGACUGAAUUGCAGCGGCGAAAUGAAGAAACACCAGAAGAUGGAAAUCAGCCUUGGCUCUGUGGUGAUUUCUUCAGUCUGGCAGAUGUGUCACUUGCUGUCACGUUACAUCGCCUGAAGUUUCUGGGAUUAGCAAGAAGAAACUGGGGAAAUGGAAAGCGGCCCAAUUUAGAGGCUUAUUAUGAGCGUGUUGUGAAGAGAAAAGCAUUUUACAAAGUUUUGGGACACGUCAACAAUAUAUUAAUCUCAGCUGUCCUGCCAACAGCAUUCCGUGUGGCCAAGAAAAGGGCUCCCAGGGUUCUAGGCACCACCCUGCUGGUCAGCAUGCUGGCAGGGGUGGGUUAUCUUGCUUUCCUGUGUCUUCGGAAGAGAUUUGCCAACAUGGUGCUAUCGAUUAGAACCAGGCAAAAUUAUUUUUAGACCUUGCCUGUCCCUGGUGGUGAGUGGAGGGCAUCUCUGCCCCCCAGGAAAAUAUCUUCAAUAAAAUAUAAACCUAGAAGAACGAUUAUGUCUGUGAAUUAGAACACUGCUACAGAGUAAUCAUCUCCUGCUGCUGUUUAAUUGGGUUGGCAAUGCUGAGAUAUUUUCAAAAAUAUGUGUUGGGGGGAUGACAAAGGAAAGAAGAGAUGUACUUUUCAGCCAAGGGCCUAUAACUGUGACAGUGCUUCGUUAAAGUGGUUAUUGUCUCCUUUACUCAGUAUCUGACCUAAUUAAAAUGCUUUUAUUUAAUAGAUAUGCAGCAAUGUGACAGCUUUUCACUGUAGAUGAAAUGCAUUAUUGUGCAGAAACCAGGAUUGUUAAAAUACUGAAAAUAGCUCUUACUUUAAA